AUGAGGAAGAGAGCACCAAAGGAGGGUUUGGAGAGAUAUCCCCAGAAUCUAGAAGAAGUAGAAGAGAGCGAGAGGAGGACAGUUAUGACCCACUAUCUCCAGUCUCCAGACCAGUUGUACAAAGGCUCCAGCUUCAUUCAUCUGGUGAAGACCCAGAACACCAUCUUAACUGUGAAUCUCUUAUCUGAGAUCCAGAGCCCAGCACCGGCCUGUCAUCUGCAAGUCAUCAAACCAUAUGAAGACUUUGAGUAUUUUAAAGAUGGGGACCUUAUAAUUGGAGGAGUUCUCACGGUGAAUAAUCAAAUGAGGAAUUUUUUUUUUGGACAGGAUCAUUUUUCCCCCAAACUCGUCUGUGUCGCCCCAGGCCUCAUGGAUUACAUCAAUUUACUGGUCUUUCUUUUCGCCAUUGAAACAUUGAACAACGACCCAAACAUUUUACCAAAUAUUACCCUGGGUUAUCAUAUAUAUGACUCCUGUUUAGAUGAAAGAAAAGCUGUGAAAAGCAUUCUUCAGAUUUUGUCUGGCCGCGGCAUGACCGUCCCUAAUUACUCUUGUGCGAAUUCUAACAACGUGGCUGGAUUUAUUGGCGAUCACCAUUCUACUACUACCAUUCCCAUAGCACAGUUACUAGGGGUGUAUGGAUACGCACAGAUCAGUUAUGGAGCGACAGACUAUGUGCUGAGUGAUAGACGUGUUUAUCCGCAUUUCUUCCGCUCUGUUCAAAAUUAUCUUGUCUAUAAUAAAAUUAUAUUGAAGAUUCUAAAACAUUUCGGAUGGACCUGGGUGGGAAUUCUCACGGUUGAUGAUGACACCGGAGAGACAGAGAGUCAGGCUCUGAGAGCGUAUCUGACAAGUUAUGGAAUUUGUAUUUCCUUCACUGUAAAAAUUAGUUUAUCACAAGAACUAUCUGAAAAUAUGAAAAUGAUGUCAGAAACUGUUUUAAUGUCAUCGGCUCGAAUUAUUAUACUCUGCGGCUCUUUCAGCACCAGAAUUAUUGACAUUUUAACUCUGUGUCUCAAACAUAAAGAUAUAACAUUAAUCCUUCCUCCUGCCUGGGCUUCCAAUGAACAUCUCACAGAUUACUUUGUAGAACCCCUGAAUGGCAGUCUGGCCAUAGAACCGCAUCCUUUAGCGCUACCGGAUACCGGAAGUUUCUUUGAUAAUAUCCAUCCUUCAAACCGUCCAGCAGACAAGCUUCUCGAAGAUAUAUGGAUAUUGUAUUAUAAAUGUUUAUCAGAAAAUUCUGAAAAGAAUAGGCUUUAUGAAGAGAUCUAUAAAAUAUCUCUGUGUAACUGCAGUGGGAAACGUAAAUUAUUUGUUAAAGAUCAUCUGAAUGUUGGUGUUUCUCCUCGGGUGUUUAUUUCAGUGAGUGCUUUAGCUAAAGCUUUACAUGACAUGCACUUAUUUUAUAACGAGAACGCAAAAGGAAAUACAAUCCAAAACAUCUAUAAACACCAGGUCCUGGCGGGUCAAGGCGUGGACUCCACCACACUGAACGUCUGCUGUUGUAUCUGGCACCAAGACGUUAGCAACAGAUCCUUUAGGUCUGUAAGGUGGGGCCUCAAUGGAUGCAUCCUGGUGCUAUGUUUUCUCCAGUUGCAUCGCUAUAUAAAAAGGAUAACAUCUGCAUCUCAGUUGGGCCGCACAUUUUACGAUGAACAUGGAGAAUUUGCAUACCAUUACAUAAUUACAAACUGGGUGUUUUUAUCAAAUAAGUCUGCAUUUAGAAACAUUGUGGGUAACUUCACUGAGUGGGCUCCAGAUGGUCAGCAGCUAAUCAUUGACUCGCAUUUAGCAAUAUGGAGGAACAAAGACAACCAGAUUCCAAGGUCUCAGUGUUCAGAGAACUGUUUGCUUGGAUAUCGAAAAGUUCUGAGACCUGGAACACAAAUCUGCUGCUACGACUGUGUCCGGUGCUCAGAGGGAGAGAUAUCCAACAGAUCUGACAGUGAAAACUGCAUUGUUUGCCCAAGUGAUAAAUGGUCUAAUGAGAAAAGGGAUCGGUGUAUUCCAAAAUCGGUGGAGUUUCUAUCAUAUUUGGAUGCAGUUGCUGCUGUUUUAUCUUUUGUAUCAAUUCUGUUUUGUCUCGUAACUGUUGUAAUAUUACUGAUCUUCAUUGUCUUCAGAGAUACCCCAAUUGUUAAGGCCAAUAACAAGAACCUCAGCUUCCUCCUCUUGGUCUCCAUCAUGCUGAGCUUUCUCUGUGUGUUUCUGUUCCUCGGUCGUCCUGAGGAUGUAACCUGCAUGCUGCGCCAAACAGCUUUUGGAGUCCUCUUCUCAUUAGCCGUGUCUUGUAUUUUAAGCAAAACAAUCAUGAUCUAUAUUGUUUUCAAAGCCGCGAAACCCGGCAGCUCCUGGGCAAACUGGGUCAGUGUGAAAGUCUCCAAUUCUAUAGUACUGCUCUGCUCAUCCAUUCAAGUUAUCAUUAAUAUUUCCUGGUUGGCCAUUUCCCCCCCAUUCCAGGAGCUGGACAUGCACUCUUAUCAGGGAAAGAUCAUCAUUCAGUGUAAUGAGGGCUCGGUUAUCGCCUUCUACUGUGUCCUGGGUUAUAUGGGGCUCCUGGCAGCUCUUAGUUUUAUUAUAGCUUUUUUAGCCAGGACAUUACCGGACAGUUUUAAUGAGGCCAAGUACAUCACCUUCAGCAUGCUGGUGUUCUGCAGCGUUUGGAUUGCGAUGAUCCCGGCCUAUCUGAGCACCAAAGGGAAGAACAUGGUGGCCGUAGAGAUUUUUGCCAUAGUGGCUUCAAGUGCAGGACUUCUAGGAUGUAUAUUUAUUCCAAAAUGCUAUGUAAUUCUUUUUAGACAGGAAUUGAAUACAAAAACAUAUUUACUUGGAAGUAGAAUUAAAGGUUUAACCAAAUAGUUAUAAGAACCAUAUUCUGAAUUAUAUGUAUUAUUAUCUUAUAACUGUCAAUGGUCAAUUUUAGA